AUGGAUAAACUCACCGUCAUAUCAGGAUGUCUCUUUCUAGCAGCAGAUAUAUUUGCUAUAGCCAGUAUUGCCAAUCCAGACUGGAUCAACACAGGAGAUGCAGCUGGUAAGUUAGGUGAGCUCAUUUAACUUAAUUGACAUAUUUACUUGACAGCCAUGCACACACCACAGCCUGUUUGGCCCUUAAGGGCCUUUGUUGACAAUGAUCAAUAAUGUGCAUUGACACACUAUUCUUCUAGGAAUUCACUUCACAUUCACUUCUCUCUCUCUCUCUCUCUCUCUCUCUCUCUCUCUCUCUCUCUCUCUCUCUCUCUCUCUCUCUCUCCCCCGUCCUCUCAGGGCAUGUCCUCAAACCACCCAUCAUCAUCCUCCACAGCUGCUGAUAAAUGAACUGCCCUCUACUUUUCUGCCCCAACAUGCUCUGAUACCCCAUGUCCCUUCAAGGCGUAUAAGCCUUCCUGUACCAGCUACCAACUCACCUCCCUGAGCGGGAUGACAGUUGACAAAUUGUGUGUCAGACAGAGACGUGAAGUGAGUGCCACUUAUCCAGCUAUGCCCUUGGCGGUCUGUUCAGCUCUCCACUCACUCACUCUCUGUCUGUUAUAUGCAUCUGACACAGACAGACUGAGGCAUUGGUAUUUCAUCUACAGUACCCAGUUUGAGGACAUGGUAAAGUGAAGAGCAGCAGUAAAGUGAAGUAAAGUUAGGCUACUGCUACAGCUACAAAACGGGCCACUUGAAAUGAGCUAGUGACCUUUAGCUACAGCUGGAGCCAGCAGAUUGUAGUUCCAUGCUGUGGCCUACUGCAUAACCGACGGGAUAGGUGACAUUUUCCCCUUGUUGUUGUGAGGUAGGAACCAGCACAGAGAUGUAAUUUAUUGAGUCCUGUGUUUAGAUUUUAACGGUAUGAUUUGCGAUCAUACUUUUCUUUUUUAUACAUCAUAUACACUGGGACAAAGAAUUAAAACAUAGGAAGGACCAAACUAGAUAUAAACGAGUCCCCUGUAGCUCACAUGGUAGAGCAUGGUGCUUGCAACGCCAGGGUUGUGGGUUCGAUUCCCACGGGGGGGCCAGUAUGAAAAUAUAUGCACUCACUAACUGUAAGUCGCUCUGGAUAAGAGCAUCUGCUAAAUGACUAAAAUGUCAAAUGUAAUAUAAUAUCCCACUUCCCUCACACAAGAUCACAUAAUUCAUCAAAGGUUUUAAAACAUGGUUAUAACAAUGUUAUAACUGUCUUAUGUGCUCAGCACAUUGAGAAUUUAUGCAAACCUGAAAAUGUACAAUUUAUAGCCUACAUUACACUGUUACAACACAGUCCAGUAGCAUUCAGGUAGAACAUACGAUGCAAAGAAGAAACAGAAACAUGCUUGAGGUCCACCCAUAUUGUGUUUUCAGUCAUUACUAACCAGACUUCCCUUGUGAGACUUCAUCCCUUCAUCCCACACAACAGAGAAGGUAUGAAAUCAAGUAGGGUUAAAAGCCUUUUGUUCCAGCCUAAUUUGUCUACUAGUAAUUACCAGGUGGAGAGAAGCGUUGUUUGUAAAUUGAGAUGUGUGGAGUCUUUCCUGAUGAGGUCCGCUGGGAGGGAGAAUUCUUUCAGAUGAAGCACUCACAGCUCAAUUAUCAAGGAAAUUGCCUUGACUGGAAGGCCCUGUUUGUGUAUCUGAGCUCCAAACAUAUUGUUUUGUUCAUGUGAAAUGGAUAAAUGCAUAGACCUAGUUGUUCCUGCCAAUUAAGUUCAUUUGCCAGUCUAGCAUUUUGGCAGCACCCAGAUGUUGAUGCUCAUUGCUCACAGAUAAACAGAUGUUGACAGUGACAUCAUCAGAUUGGCAGAUGUUGUUAUAAACACAAAUGGCUCUCUCUCAUCACCUGUAGUUUAGCCUGGAAAUUCAUAAUGAUGGUUUAUUUGUUUACAGCAAACCUCUGUCCUCUCUAAGUAGUUAUCCAGGAUGUGAAGCUUUAUACAAGUUUAUAGAGGUGUGUGUGUGUUAUACUAACGUAACUCUUGGUUGUUACGCAGGUAUUCUGUAGUGAUGUCUGAAGCAGCAGGGGACUGACUGGGGCUGCAAGGGGAAUGUUUACUAACUACAGACAUUGGCCCACAAUCACACACAGUCACACACACACACCUCCCUCUGUCUCAAAGCCCUGGCUAUCAGACAAGCCUGAUGUGUUACACACAUAAAACAGCUGCUGAACAGUUCCGAGAAUUAGAAAUGUCCUCCAAGAGUGCCAAGGAACAAAAAGUACCAUUUAGAUCAUUGUCAAACUAUGGAAUGGGUGUGUAAGCUUGCUUAAGAGAGGGAAAUAUUGUGUCAUGACAGGAUAUAGUUACGCCACUUUUGUAACAUUUAAUCAGUAUCUUUGAUUCUUUGACAAUAGAAUAUGUGACACACUGCUUCUAUAGAUGGGUUAGCUGACAACAUCAUGAAAACAAUGUCCACGCUUCAAUGGGGCAGAAGGCCGUGUUUUGUUGUGAUUCUGGAUGGCCAGAUAGCUAGCAACAAUGACAAGAAGCUACCAUGUGGGGAAUCGUAGGUGGCUAGUUUUAUCUUGUUCUUGAAAACCAUGUCUUGUUUUGAGGUGUUUUGCCUGUCACGUCUAUGCUAAUAUGGCAAAAAUUCACUAGCUAGCUAUCCAACAACUGUAACAAUGUAGUUGAGAGACAACAAGUGCUAAUUGUGCACAUUAAUUUAUGUUUUCAAAUAUAGUUUAUAUGUCAACGAUCUAAGCCAACCUCAUCUGUUUUGCCUCAUAGUUGCGCACGUGUUGGUGUUGUUGCUAAACAACCAACCCGUCUAUGAUGCAGGACCUUUUCACUAAGGAAAUGAAAUGGUUCAGAUGUGUAGUCGUGGUAGCUUAUGUAUGGUCUGUUUACUUUUGUUUUGAUGAAAGAAUGUAUAGGGAAGGAACAGGACAUACUGUGUAUAAAAUGGAGGGGCUGAGAGAUCGUUGAAUCAGCAUAGUGUGCAUACAGUACUGUACGGUGCACUACUUUAAUUUUAAUUUUUUAUUUGACCUUUAUUUAACCAGGUAAGCCAGUUGAGAACAAGUUCUCAUUUACAACUGCGACCUGGCCAAAGCAGUGCGAUUUAAAAACAACAACAACACAGAGUUACAUAUGGAAUAAACAAAACAUACAGUCAAUAACACAAUAGAAAAUCUAUAUACAGUGUGUGCAAAUGUAGUAAGUUAUGGAGGUAAGGCAAUAAAUAGGCCAUAGUGCAAAAUAAUUACAAUUUAGUAUUAACACUGGAGUGAUAGAUGUGCAGAAGAUGAUGUGCAAAUAGAGAUACUGGGGUGCAAAUGAGCAAAAUAAAUAACAAUAUGGGGAUGAGGUAGUUGGGUGGGCUAAUUACAGAUGGGCUGUGUACAGGUGCAGUGAUCGGUAAGCUGCUCUGACAACUGAUGCUUAAAGAUAGUGAGGGAGAUAAGUGUCUCCAGCUUCAGAGAUUUUUGCAGUUCGUUCCAGUCAUUUGCAGCAGAGAACUGGAAGGAAUGGCGGCCAAAGGAGGUGUUGGCUUUGGGGAUGACCAGUGAGAUAUACCUGCUGGAACGCAUACUACGGGUGGGUGUUGCUAUGGUGACCAAUGAGCUAAGAUAAGGCAGGGAUUUGCCUAGAAGAUAUUUAUAGAUGACCUGGAGCCAGUGGGUUUGGCGACGAAUAUGUAGUGAGGGCCAGCCAACGAGAGCGUACAGCAGUUCACUACAGUACAGUAUGCUCUCUCGCUGCAGGCUCAUACAACCUUUUGGCACUCUGGUACCUCAUAGUUGACACAUGUAUCCUACUGUAUAUCUAGCUAAACUAAUGAAAGGGUAUAUCUUCAAAACAAAUCAGCUUAAUAAAAAAAAAACACCAUUGAUGGGAAGUUUUCCACUCAGAUCUCUGUCCGGUACUAUAACAUGAUCUGUAUCAGGGUUGUUAACAUAUUAGUCUUCCAUUCAUUUGUGAUUCUGGUCAUUGGGAAGCAAACUGGAUCUCUAUAAUGAAUGAGGAACAGGACACAGUAGUUUGGUUUAGUAAUGAGUAAUUAUAUACAUUAGGAUGCCAUGUCAAUAGCCAUGGCAUAACAGCUGUGGUCAACAUUACAGUGUCUUGCAAAAGUAUUCAUCCCCCUUGGCGUUUUCCUAUUUUGUUGCAUUACAACCUGUAAUUUAAAUUGAUUUUUAUUUGGAUUUAAUGUAAUGGACAUACACAAAAUAGUCCAAAUUGAUGAAGUGAAAUGAAAAAAAUAACUUGUUUCAAACAAUUCAAAAAAAUUAAUAACGGAAAAGUGGUGUGUGCAUAUGUAUUCACCCCCUUUGCUAUGAAGCCCUUAAAUAAAAAUAAGAUCUGGUGCAACCAAUUACCUUCAGAAGUCACAUAAUUUGUUAAAUAAAGUCCACCUGUGUGCAAUCUAAGUGUCACAUGAUCUGUCACAUGAUCUCAGUAUAUAUACACCUGUUCUGAAAGGCCCCAGAGUCUGCAACAGCACUAAGCAAGCGGCACCACGAAGACCAAGAAGCCCUCCAAACAGGUCAGGGACAAAGUUUUGGAGAUGUACAGAUCAGGGUUGGGUUAUGAAAAAAUAUCUGAAACUUUGAACAUCCCACAGAGCACCAUUUAAAUCCAUUAUAAAAAAAUUUGAAAGAAUAUGGCACCACAACAAACCUGCCAAGAGAGGGCCGCCCACCAAAACUCACAGACCAGGCAAGGAGGGCAUUAAUCAGAGAGGCAACAAAGAGACCAAAGAUAACCCUGAAGGAGCUGCAAAGCUCCACAGCGGAGAUUGGAGUAUCUGUCCAUAGGACCACUUUAAGCCGUACACUCCACAGAGCUGGGCUUUACGGAAGAGUGGCCAGAAAAAAGACAUUGCUUAAAUAAAUAAAUAAGCAAACACGUUUGUGGUUCGCCAAAAGGCAUGUGGGAGACUCCCCAAACAUAUGGAAGAAGGUACUCUGGUAAGAUGAGACUAAAAUCGAGCUUUUUGGCCAUCAAGGAAAAUGCUAUGUCUGGCGCAAACCCAACACCCCUCAUCACCCUGAGAACACCAUCCCCACAGUGAAGCAUGGUGGUGGCAGCAUCAUGCUGUGGGAAUGUUUUUGAUCGGCAGGGACUGGGAAACUGGUCAGAAUUGAAGGAACGAUGGAUGGCACUAAAUACAGGAAAUUCUUGAGGUAAACCUGUUUCAGUCUUCCAGAGAUUUCAGACUGGGAUGGAGGUUCACCUUCCAGCAGGACAAUGACCCUAAGCAUACUGCUAAAGCAACACUUGAGUGGUUUAAGGGGAAACAUUUAAAUGUAUUGGAAUGGCCUAGUAAAAGCCCAGACCUCAAUCCAAUUGAGAAUCUGUGGUAUGACUUAAAGAUUGCUGUACACCAGUGGAACCAAUCCAACUUGAAGGAACUGGAGCAGUUUUGCCUUGAAGAAUGGGCAAAAAUCCCAGUGGCUAGAUGGGCCAAGCUUAUAGAGACAUACCCCAAGAGACUUGCAGCUGUAAUUGCUGCAAAAGGUGGCUCUACAAAGUAUUGACUUUGGAGGGGUUGAAUAGUUAUGCACGCUCAAGUUUUCAGUUUUUUUGUCUUAUUUCUUGUUUGUGUCACAAUAAAACAUAUUUUGCAUCUUCAAAGUGGUAGACAUGUUGUGUAAAUCAAAUGAUACAAACCCCCCAAAAAUCCAUUUUAAUUCCAGGUUGUAAAAUAGGAAAAUGCCAAUGGGGGUGAAUACUUUCGCAAGGCACUGUACAUCCAUUUACAGUCGGCCUACGUGUGUGUCUUCACAUCACAGGCGGCUGGUGGCACCUUAAUUGGGGAGGACGGGCUUAUAGUAAUGGCUGGAACUGAAUAAAUGGAAUGGUAUAGAAUACAUCAAACAGAUGGUUUCUAUGUGUUUGAUACCAUUCCAUUCACUCCAUUCAAGCCAUUAUUAUGAGCCGUCCUCCCCUCAGCAGCCUUCUGUGCUUUACAUACUGAACACUGAAUGGCAAAUUACCUAAUUGCUAGUACUAAGCCUCAAUGCUGGCAUCUAAGGACAAAGUCCCUAUCUUUGCCAGUAUACUCACAUCAAGGGCAGUAUACUAUGUCCUUAAAUCUUUGAGGGAUGCUCAUCAUAUUGGUCCAUACUCCUUCCCUCCCCUCUUUAGUGAUGUAUGUUCUUGUUUCAGAGACAUAAUGGGGUAUUUCUAAGUCUCAGCAGGGCCAGACCGAUCUGUCCAAUUACUAAAUUAAUCUCCAUCCAUCUUUCUAAUCCAAUAGAUAAAAAAUGGUUGUGCCUUGCCCACUGUUUCUCUCUCUGCUCUUUCUCCAGCCUUAGUUCCUCUCUCCUCUAACCGCUCUUUCUCCAGCCUCAGUUCCUUUCUCCUCUCUCUCUCCAUCCUCUGUUCCUCUCUCCGCUCUGUCCUGAGCCUCUGGAAGACACAAGGUGCUGGCAAAUUCCUCGCCUCAUGAGAGACUUAGAGCGAGAGAGGGGGAAAAAUGGAGAGGGAGGAUUUAAUUUUACAUUUCUCUCAUAAAAAUCUAUACUGGUGAAUUGUCCUUAAUAGCUGACGAGGGGGUUGAGUGUUGCUGAGUUUACAUAUUCUGUGUUGGGUCAGGGACAGACAGAGAGGAUGGAGUUCGUAUAUGAUCUUGUUGUUGUCGAAAGCGUAAUGUCUUCAGCAGGCCUAGAUAACUGACAUAAUUGGACCCGCCAGGCUUUGAGGCAGGAGAGGAGAGGCUCUUUGGCAGUGAGUUACUUUCUGAUGUAAGGCCUCUCUUCCCUCUCUCUUUUCUCUCUCUCCUUUAUCUCAUCUCUCUCUGUGGUGUUAAGGGCUCUGGUCCUGAGCCAUCUGAGUCUUACGUCAUUGAUUGAUUCCUCAGGGACCCCUGCCAUUGGUUCAGGUCCUAAGAGUCCCACUCUUCGGCCUUGUUAUCAUACCAACCCUCCUUGAGCUCUACUUUGUGUGGUCACAGGGGACUGGAAGUGGAAUCCGGUGUCACCAGGGAGGUCAUUAGUCCAGACGGCGAUGUAAUGCCGUCAUGCCUCAUACAGAUCUUAGCUUAUCUAAUGGUGGCACCAUCACAAGUUGAGGGAUAUUUCAUAACUGAUGCAAUCUGCUGCUAUGGGUUAUGCUUCUUCUAAUAAAACAAUGUAUAUAUCUUGUUGUGGUGUGACAGCACAAUUGAACAGCGAGAGUAUGCUCUGUGUGUGAUGAAAGAUACUCUCCCUCUGUGUGUCUAUGUGAUUAAGCACCCUCUCUGUAGGUGCUCUGACAGCGGGACUGCUUGUCGUGUGUGAUCUAACCCUGACUGAUCUCUGUCUCUCUCUCUCUCUAGGUUCCCUGACGGUAGGCCUGGUGCGGCAGUGCCAGACCAUCCACGGUCGUGACCGGACCUGUAUCCCCCCGCGGCUGCCCCCAGAGUGGGUCACCACCCUCUUCUUCAUCAUCCUGGGCAUCAUCUCCCUCACGGUGACCUGCGGUCUGCUAGUGGCGUCACACUGGUACCGCGAAGCCACCCGUUACGCCCGCUGGAUCGCCUUCACUGGGAGUAUGUUUAAUUUUGAAUUAUUUAACGGUUAUUCAACCAGGCAGGUCAAUGGAGAACCAGUUCUCAUUUACAGUGACGGCAAAGAGACAAAAACCACAAUACAAUAAGUACAGAAACAUAGCCAACACUAAGUCAUCAUUUCAUUCAUGAGUGGGGCCAGACAGAAUCCCUAUUAUCCCCUAUGUGGGCUCUGGUUAAAGUAGUACAGACUAGGGAAUAGGGUCAUUUGAGGCAUAGCCGUUAGUUGGCCUACAGCUUCAAAGCACCUUGAGAUUCUUGUUAUGUCACUAAUGGAUGUUAGCAAGUUGAUUUGAGAUUAAUGUCACUUGGGUUUCAUUUAGGAAAAAUAUUUUGUGUGGUAACUGUGGCUGUGCUGAGUGGCUCCUUGAACACAUAGGCUACAGUAAAUGGGCCUGUUGCUAUUUUAAAAGGGAAUGAGACCAUGGGGCUGCUAUUAGCGGAGCUAAAACCAGUAGGAGGGAUUUUUAGUGGUCCAAGGGAUAUGACGGAAUAACAUUAUUUUGUUAUUAUUAUACUUCGAGAGGUUAUUUUAGGCUAAUCAUUAUUGGGCAAAAAUAACCUCUUGAUGUAUAAUAAUAACAAAAUAAUGACAAUGUAAAUCAAUUUUGUUGAGUGCUGAGGUGUUACAUUUUAAAAAUCUAAAAUAUCUAUAGUAUAUUUUGAUAUCAGAGUGGUGAGUAAUGUCUGAGUAGGUUUAUUCUGGGAGUUGUUGAUCAUAAUGACUAGAUAUAACUGUGUGGUUAUAGGUAUUCAGACUAUUCACACUACAUGAGAACAUGAUAUACAGUAUGUCACUUAGGUCAGGCUUCAAUGACGAUGAAAACGCAAUAUAGAAUUUAGCCUGAGAUCAUGUACACUGGAUGCUGCAUACUUUUUCAAUGUUGUAAGCGAUAUUGCUCCCUACAUUUGAUGCACUGUGAAUAGUGUUUUUAAGAAGACUGUGUUUCUAAAAUGUUUUCUCUCCUACACAGUGAUCCUGUUCUGUAUGGCGGCUCUUAUAUUUCCUAUAGGAUUUUACAUCGACGAGGUUGGGGGACAGCCUUACAAACUACCUAACAACACAGUGGUGGGGUCCUCAUAUGUACUCUUUGUUCUAUCUAUAUUUUUCACUAUAGUGGGACUAUUGUUUGCAGGGAAGGUCUGCUUGCCUGGGUGACAUAUCGGACACUUCGUUUUUUGUAAACAUUCUUGUACUUAUGUAGCACAUGAGGAUGUGUGAAACUUCCUCCUCAGCCUGAAGUGUCCCGCUUGCGUCGCCUCAUUAGCUAGCUUUUGAGGUGGUGCGAUCGGCUAAGACGCUUGAGGAGGGCGGCCACGUGUGUUUGUAAGGCAGAGGUCCUGAGUUUGCGCCAGCUAUGGGCCGAAUCGGGAGGAAGUGGUACUCGCUAAGCAAGUAGCAUGACAUCCUUUACAGUUAGAGAAAUGCCUUCAGAGACAUUUGAAAAUGGACGCCUGGAAGAGAAAAAUAGGAACUGAGAGAAACACUCUUUCUCUGUGUUUGUGGAACUCUCUGGAGCGCCUUUGGAUGACAGGACUCUACGGCCCCUAGCCCUGGUCCUAUAGGACAGGAAGUAGGCACUAGCCAGUCUGCGUUCAUAGAUAUGGGAGGAAUGGACACCUAUCCAACCCCCUCACAGAUCGGUGAACACAGAAGGUUCGUUCCACGAAUAGAGUGGCUUUUCGGGUAGUGUAACUUUUUAUUUCACCUCAUUUUAACAUUCUGUCAUAAAGAGCACAUGUUUAAUGUCAUAACAAACAUGUUUUCCCAUCUCCAUCUCCUUUUGAAAAAAAUAUUUAAAAAGGAAUAAGUUUACCGUAUUUAAACAGCGUUCAGUUCACGUAACGGGGUUGACCAUAAACCUGUGGGACAUUAAUCACUAAUCAAAUGAAAUAAAUAAUAAUCUUCAGAAAUCACUUUGUCAAAGCAAGAAAUUAAAUUAGGGCUUUACAAUAAUUGUGUAAACUUGGAGAAAUUUGGGGGUUAAGUGGGUUAAAAUCUUUAAGUCGGAGAAACAUGAUGUGGGACAUGGCAAAUUUGGGAUUUUCUGAGAAAACAACCAAUGUAUUUUAAUGUAAAACACACUACUAUUGUAUUUUUUUAUGUUUAGUUAGAGUGUAGAUGUACAGUGCCUUCAGAAAGUAUUCAUACCACUUGACUUAUUCCACAUUUUGUUGUGUUACAUACAGCCUGAAUUCAAAAUGGAUACACACAAUACCCCAUAAUGACAAAGUGAAAACAUGUUUUUAGAAAUGUUAGCAAAUUCAUAGAAAAUGUAAUACAGAAAUAUAUAAUUUACAUAAAUAUUCAUACACCUGAGUCAAUACUUUGUAGAAGCACCUUUGGCAGUGAUUACAGCUGUGAGUCUUUCUGGUUAAGUCUCUAAGAGCUUUCCACACCUGGAUUGUGCAACAUUUUCCCAUUAUUCUUUUGAAAAUUCUUCAAGGCCUUGUAUUUUAGGUUAUUGUCCUGCUGAAAGGUGAAAUCAUCUCCCAGUGUCUGGUGGAAAGCAGACUGAACCAGGAUUUUACUUGUGCUUCACUCCAUUCCGUUUCUUUUUUAUCCUGAUAAACUCCCAAGUCCCUAAUGAUUCCAAGCAUACCCAUAACAUGAUGCAGCUACCACUAUGCUUGAAAAUAUGGAGACUGGUACUCAUUAAUGUGUUGUAUUAGAUUUGCCCCAAACAUAACACUUUGUAUUCAGGACAAAAGGUUAAUUGCUUUUCCAGAUUUUUUGCAGUAUUACUUUGGUACCUUGUUGCAAACAGGAUGCAUGUUUUGGAAUAUUUUUAUUCUGUACAGGCUUCCUUCUUUUCACUCUGUCAGUUAGGUUAGUAUUGUGGAGUAACUACAAUGUUGUUUAUCCAUCCUCAGUUUUCUCCUAUCAAAUCAAAUCAAAUUGUAUUUGUCACAUGCACAGCCAUUAAACUCAGUAACUGUUUUAAAGUCACCAUUGGCCUCAUGGUGAAAUCCCUGAGCGGUUUCCUUCCUCUCCGGCAACUGAGUUAGGAAGGACGCCUGCAUAUUUUUAGUGAGUGGGUGUAUUGAUACACAUCCAAAGUGUAAUUAAUAACUUUACCAUGCUCAAAGGGAUAUUCAAUGUUUGCUUUUUUUUACCCAUCUAUCAAUAGGUGCCCUUCUUUGCAAGCCAUUGGAAAACCUCCCUGGUCUUUGUGGUUGAAUCCGUGUUUAGAAUUCACUGCUCGACUGAGGGACCUCACAGAUAAUUGUAUGUGUGGCAUACAGAGAUUAAGUAGUCAUUUAAAAAUAAUGUUAAACACUAUUAUUGCACACAGAGUGAGUCCAUGCAACUUAUGUGACUCGUUAAGCAAAUGUUUACUCCUGAACUUAUUUAGGCUUGCCAUAACAAAGGGGUUGAAUACUUAUUGACUCAAGACAUUUCAGCUUUUCAUUUGUAAAAAUAUAAUUACACUUUGACAUUAUGCGAUAUUGUGUUUAGGCCAGUGACAAAAAAUCUAAAUGUAAUCAAUUUUAAAUUCAGGCUGUAACACAACAAAAUGUGGAAAAAGUCAAGGAGUGUGCAUACUUUCUGAAGGCACUGUAUGUGAUCCAACUUUUAAAUUGAGUGUUUUAUUAAAAUAUGCACAUAUAAUGUCACAAGCUUAUAAAAGGCACUCUCUUCGUGAAGAGACCCAGGAGGGUUAGUGGCUGGAGUCUGAAACAGACAUGGGUCAUCAGGAUACUGAAAGGGAAGACUGUCACCCAUGGCCAUGACAACAGGAAGUCAAGUCACUCCGCCCCAUGGGAAGUACAGUGGUAGAAAGACUGGAGCCGGCAAUAGGAAAGAUGAAGCCAUAAUUGUGUAGAUGAUACGUAUAUGGUUGGAAGUUGAGUUAGACCUCAGAGCUGUUGUCUUGGGUUCUAUGGGUGAAGCUGGCCUCAAGAUUCAUGGCGAAACUAUGAAAAGAAGGGAAUCUGUUGGGUCACGUGAUGAUGGGAAGCAAUUAGAAAUGAUUCUAUACAAUUUUAGUCUUUCAUGAAAGAGUAAAAAUAUUUGUUUUCAUUAAUGCAUUAUUUUAUCAAAAUGGUGCAUUUAUAGUUCUUUUUUAUGGUCAAUGAACUGUAUCAUGGAAUUCCUACGUCUCUGUUUUCUUUGUUUGUUUUUUAUGUCUAUUUUUUCUCAUGACUGGCUGACUUGCUCAUUUAAGCUACAUAGACAGAAUGGCUGUCGUUGUUUGAGGAAGAACUGUGAUAUACAGUACAUGAACUACCCUGGCAAACCAAUUCAAUAAAAGUUAUACAACAUGACAAAUUAUGUAAUCUAUUUAUUGUGUACUGUAUAAUGGGGAGGAUAUUCUAUAUCAUUAGCAAUGUAUUACAUUAUUGCAAGUAAAAAGUAGGCUGUGCUCUGUUCUGGAUAUUAUUUACCAAAAAGGUGGCAAAAGACCCUGAAAAACUUUGCAGAAGAAGCACAAUAACAUGUUACCAUGGAUAUCUAAAAGAAAAGGCAUUUGUUGUGUGGUGUUUUUAUUUUGGGACAACACACUGCAUUCUGUUGUAGCAGCCUGGUCUCAGACUAGACAUAACAUAGUACAUUUUAAACAAGGGCUACUCAAAUUAGUAUGAUAUGUUACGUUUGGUAUGGUUACAUAAGACAGAUGGUUAAAAGACAAAAACAAAGGGUGGUCAGGGUGGAUAGGUGAGUGUAUAACACAAACGUCUAGUAAUCCAAAGGUUGCGAGUUUGAAUCUCAUCACGGACAACUUUAGCAUUUUAGCUAAUUAGCAACUUUUCAAAUACUUACUACGUUUUAGCUACUUUGCAACUACUUAGCAUGUUAGCUAACCCUAACCGUAACCCCUAACGCAAACCCCUAGCAUAGCUAACAUUAGUCACCUAGCUAGAAUUCGUAACAGUAUCAUACAUUUAGCAAAUUCGUAACAUAUUGUACAUUUUGCAAAUUCAAAAUCAAAUCAAAUUGUAUUUGUCACUUGCGCCGAAUACAACAGGUGUAGACCUUACAGUGAAAUGCUUACUUACAAGCCCUUAACCAACAAUGCAGUUUUAAGAAAGAAUACCCCCAAAAAAUCACAAAAAAAUACAAUAUAAAAUAAUACAAAAUAAAAGUAACAAAUAAUUAAAGAGCAGCAGUAAAAAUAACAAUUGCGAGGCUAUAUACAGGGGGUACCGGUACCAAGUCAAUGUGCGGUGGCACCGGUUAGUCGAGGUAAUUGGGGUAAUAUGUACAUGUAGGUAGAGUUAUUAAAGUGACUAUGCAUAGAUAAUAAACAGAGAGUAGCAGAAGCGUAAAAGAGGGGUGGGGGGGCAAUGCAAAUAGUUUGGGUAGCCAUUUGAUUAGAUGUUCAGGAGUCUUAUGGCUUGGGGGUAGAAGCUGUUUAGAAGCCUCUUGGACCUAUACUUGGCGCUCUGGUACCGCUUGCCAUGCGGUAGCAGAGAGAACAGUCUAUGGCUAGGGUGGCUGGAGACUUUUCUGCCUUCCUCUGACACCGCCUGGUUUAGAGGUCCUGGAUGGCAGGAAGCUUGGCCCCAGGCACUACCCUCUGUAGUGCCUUGCGGUCGGAGGCUGAGUAGCUGCCAUACCAGGCAGUGAUGCAACCAGUCAGGAUGCUCUCGAUGGUGCAGCUGUAGAACCUUUUGAGGAUUUGAGGACCCAUGACAAAUCUUUUCAAUCUCCUUAGGGGGAAUAGGUUUUGUCGGGCCCUCUUCACGACUGUCUUGGUGUGCUUGGACCAUGUUAGUUUCUUGGUGAUGUGGACACCAAGGAACUUGAAGCUCUCAACCUGCUCCACUACAGCCCGUCGAUGAGAAUGGGGGCGUGCUCGGUCCUCUUCUUUUUCCUGUAGUCCACAAUCAUCUCCUUUGUCUUGAUCACGUUGAGGGAGAGGUUGUUGUCCUGGCACCACACGGCCAGGUCUCUGACCUCCCUAUAGGCUGUCUGGUCGUUUUCGGUGAUCAGGACUGAGCACGCACCACUGAGGGGCCCCCGUGUUGAGGAUCAGCGUGGCGGAUGUGUUGUUACCUCCCCUUACCACCUGGGGGCGGCCCGUCAGGAAGUCCAGGAUCCAGUUGCAGAGGGAGGUGUUUAGUCCCAGGGUCCUUAGCUUAGUGAUGAGCUUUGAGGGCACUAUGGUGUUGAACGCUGAGCUGUAGUCAAUGAAUAUCAUUCUUACAUUCGUAACAUAUUUUACGUUUUGCAAAUUCGUAACAUAAUGUGAAAUUUAAUUUGUAGCACGUCAUACAAAAUGGGUGAUGAACAACCACAAAUUAAUACGUACCAUACGAAACGUAACACAUCAUACUAAAUGUAGUGUCUCGGAUUUACAUAAAGAAUAAUUCGAAAUGCUCUGAGACCAGGUUUGUUGUAGAGCAGCAAAGCACAGCUCAGAGCCAGCUAUUGGCAAGCAGGGACAAGGUUGGGCUGCUGAGAAGUUUACCUCUCUCUCCCACUGACCCAUUGUUGAUAAAGGUCAAGCAGCAGUCAUUCAAAAGCCUUUCGGCUCUGACCUUCCCUCCCCCGCACAGCGCACCACAACCACUGCUAUUAUUAUCCUCCGGAACACUUAAAUCUUGAUUUUUUAUUUUGUGUGUAUGUAGGCUGCUGUGUCCUUGGCUGGGAUUAAUUAUGUUUGCAUUUUGCCAGCUAUGCACCUUUUAAAAGCAAAUAUUUUUCAGCGUCCACGGAGAUCACAUUCACAGUAAUUGCGGCAUAGGUCUACUCAAUCAGAAAUUACCUUUAAAUGUAAAGCGUGCUAUAACGCAGAUAAACUGCUGAUUGGAUUUCAUCCGGGCCCUUUUCCUUUUCUUGUGAUGACAAUGUUGUAGUUUCAGUGCCGACCCGUCAUUCAGGGCAGGUGGGGCAGAGCAUCAUCAUGAAUCAAGUCGACAAUCUACUGGCAAAUCCUUUUCAAUCCUUGUCAUAUGAAGAUAAAUUAUAGAUAAAACGUAUUGGUGCUCAUCAGCCAUUGGACAUAAACAUUACACAACAAGUUGGAAAUCACAAAUUCAACAAUGAGUGGUUUGGAAGGAAUCAGUGGCUAACUGCAAGCAUUGCAAAGUAACCACUAGCUUGCUAUUAAGUGGAGAGGGUGCGUGGUCCAAGUCUGGGUUUAAGGCUCUCUUUUCCAAGCUUAAAAGGAUAAACAUUCACAUGCAACACCAUGGGCCAAAAAAGGUUGAAUACAUUGGCCAUGCUGUCAAUCCAGCAUGACUUCUGCCGCAUUCAAAACAACUGGAAACUCUGAACUGGGAAAUCUCAGACUUCAGUGAGUUCCAGACAACUGGGAACUCUGAAAAAAACAAGCUCCGACUGAGAAAAUACAUUUUGAACGGUCAUCCAAUAUGGAAUUCCAACUUGGGAAUUUGGGCCUCUUUCUAGAGCUCCGACCUGAAGCUCACUGAAGUCAUGAUUCAACCUUGUUUUUUUCCAAGUUCCGAGUUGUCUUGAAAGCACCAUAAAUCCAGAUAAUGGCAGACUUUGAUGACAAAGUUUGAUGACAAAAUUUGCCCACAAGAAGCACCGCCACGCCACCUUCCUGUUCAAGUAAGCACAACUAUGUGAGUCCAAAAAUGUAUUGUAUGCUGCUGCAUAAAUGAUGCAGUACCAUUCAAAAGUUUGGACACACCUACUCAUUCCAGGGUUUUUCUUUAUUUUUACUAUUUUCUACAUUGUAGAAUAAUAGUGAAGACAUCAAAACUAUGAAAUAACACACAUGGAAUCAUGUAGUAACCAAGAAAGUGUUAAACAAAUCAAAAUAUAUUUUAUAUUUGACAUUCUUCAAAGUAGCCACCCUUUGCCUUGAUGACAGCUUUGCACACUCUUGGAAUUCUCUCAACCAGCUUCAUGAGGUAGUCACCUGGAAUGCAUUUCAAUUAAAAGGUGUGCCUUGUUAAAAGUUAAUUUGUGGAAUUUCUUUCCUUCUUAAUUCGUUUGAGCCAAUCAGUUGGUAGGGGUGUCACACCCUGAUCUGUUUCACCUGUCUUGUGCUUGUCUCCACCCCCACCAGGUGUCUCCCAUUUGUUACCAUUAUCCCCUGUGUAUUUAUACCAGUGUUUUCUGUUUGUCUGUUGCCAGUUCGUCUUGUCUCGUCAAGCCUACCAGCAUGUUUUUCCGUGCGCCUGUUUUUCCUAGUCUCUGUUUUCGAGCCCUCCUGGUUCCAACCUUUUCUGGCUGCCCUGACACUAAGCCCGCUUGCCUGACCAUUCAGCCUGACCUCGAGCCUGCUUGCCGCUCUGUACCUUUCGGACUCUGACCUGGUUAAUGAACUUCUGCCUGUACUCGACCUGCCUCUUGCCUGCCCCUUGUAUUUUAAUAAAUAUCAGAGACUCUAACCAUCUGCCUCCUGUGUCUGCAUCUGGGUCUCGCCAUGUGUCAUUAUAAGGGGUGGUAUACAGAAUAUAGCCCUAUUUGGUAAAAGACCAAGUCCAUUUUAUGGCAAGAACAGCUCAAAUAAGCAAAGAGAAAUGACAGUCCAUCGUUACUUUAAGACAUGAAGGUCAGUCAAUCCGGAAAAUGAACGUUUCUUCUAGUGCAGUCGCAAAAACCAUCAAGCGCUAUGAUGGAACUGGCUCUCAUGAGGACCGCCACAAGAAAGGAAGACCCAGAGUUACCUCUGCUGCAGAGGAUAAGUUCAUUAGAGUUACCAGCCUCAGAAAUUGCAUCCCAAAUAGAUGCUUCACAGAGUUCAAGUAACAGACACAUCUCAACAUCAACUGUUCAGAGGAGACUGUGUGAAUCAGGCCUUCAUGGUUGAAUUGCUGCAAAGAAACCACUACUAAAGGACACCAAUAAUAAGAAGAGACUUGCUUGGGCCAAGAAACACGAGCAAUGGACAUUAGACCGGUGGAAAUCUGUCCUUUGGUCUGAUAAGUCCACAUUUGAGAUUUUUGGUUCCAACCGCCGUGUCUUUGUGAGACGCAGAGUAGGUGAACGGAUGAUCUCCGCAUGUGUGGUUCCCACCGUGAAGCAUGGAGGAGGAGGUGUGAUGGUGUGGGGGUGCUUUGCUGGUGACACUGUCAGUGAUUUAUUUAGAAUUCAAGGCACACUUAACCAGCAUUGCUACCACAGCAUUCUUCAGCGAUAUGCCAUCCCAUCUGGUUUGCCCUUAGUGGGACCAUCAUUUGUUUUUCAACAGGACAAUCACCCAACACACCUACAGGCUGUGUAAGGGCUAUUUUACCAAGAAGGAGAGUGAUGGAGUGCUGCAUCAGAUGACCUGGCCUCCACAAUCACCCGAACUCAACCCAAUUGAGAUGGUUUGGGAUGAGUUGGACCGCAGAGUGAAGGAAAAGCAGCCAACAAGUGCUCAGCAUAUGUGGGAACUCCUUCAAUACUGUUGGAAAAGCGUUCCAGGUGAGGCUGGUUGAGAGAAUUCCAAGAGUGUGCAAAUCUGUCAUCAUGGCAAAGGGUGGCUACUUUGAAGAAUCUAAAAUCUAAAAUAUAUUCUGAUUUGUGUAACACGUUUUUGGUUACUACAUGAUUUCAUAUGUGUUAUUUCAUAGUUUUGAUGUCUUCACUAUUAUUCUACAAUGUAGAAAAUAGUACAAAUAAAGAAAAACACUUGAAUGAGUAGGUGUGUCCAAACUUUUGACUGGUACUGUAGUACUGUGCAUGUUGUGUAGUAAGCUGUUAGUAGCCCAUGUGCCUCACCCUAAUCAUUUGGUCCCUUUCCCCUUCAUAACUUAGCCUACUGUUCUGACUUGGUGGUGCACAUGUAGCCUAUAGCCUGUUUUAGAGAAAUGUAAUCAUCGAAUAUUGUAAGAGCUUUCAUUGUGUGCUUAUAUGCCCCCUUUAUUUAUCCUACGGUUCUGACUUGGUGUACAGGGAGAAUACUGUAAGAACGGCCCAUGUUCUGAAAUCUUUCGCUGUACAUUUCAAAAGUGCUGAACAAAUUGUUAUAUUGACUACGUCCGUCUUAGCUCGCUCAUUAAUAUCUUAAUCGAAAUUACGGAUUGCCUCUUAUCCGCUCAUCGUUCCCUUAUGCCCCAUAGUUUGUUCAUCUCAGUUGUCAGUAGAAACCACAUUUGUUUAAAGGCAGUAAAUGAGGCUGAAUGUACUGUUUUGCUGCCAGACAAGGCUCCACUGAUAGCCAGGUGUAGUGGAUUCACUCCAUGGUGCUGAAAAGAAAGCUCUGCUGUUGGGACAGCUUUAUGUAGGCCCCAACAGUUUGUUGUCACCGUUAUAGGGCAAUUAAUGUAUUGUUUAGUGUUGUGUUGUGUAGUGGCUUUGCUGGCAUGCAUCUAAAAAACAAAUGUUGAGUUUGCCACACCAAGAUUUACAUGCUAAAAUCGCCACUGUGUAGUUUCCACAGUAACAACUGAAAAAACAAAUCUUCAGGUGGACACUGACGUGACGUCCACUGACAUGUCCACUUCAUUGCUCUCAACUACUUUCAAUGUAUUCAGAUCAGUGCAGAUGAAGGAGAGGGAGCCUCUUCUUCAGACUAUUGAGAUGCACCCUCCUACUAUGGCUUUUGCUUUGAGGACAUCCACUCAUGAUACAUACUUCUUUCCUAUAGCCCUUCACUUGCCAAUGUUCUAAAAUGCAACCACGUGACAGCUAACAGCCAUUCAGAGUGACUUGUAGUUGAGGCCCAUAGGUCUAGUAUGCUUAAUUUCUCAUCCUAUAGGACCACAAUAAGCAAUUUGGUAUUUGAGGGCCUUUGUCAAUUGAAAUGUAGUGACUUAUCACACCACAAGAUGGCACUAAAUGUCAGCUGUUUUGCCACAUAAAGGCAUUUUGGAUGAAAAAAAUACUUAAAGAACAAUUUUUCCAGAGGGAACUUCAUUUGUGGUGCCAGAUACGAGCACAUGAAAAAUAUUUAGAAAAUUGAAGGUACAGUUCUGGGCCAGUUGGUUAGCCAGUUCUUGUGACACUUCUGGCUCUUGGGUUAGGUUACAACAUGGAGAGGCCAGCCGUGGCCUUGUGGUCCAUCCUGCAGGGUGGCUGGGCAGGCAGCUAGCAGCAGCAGCAGGCCAGUGAGGACCUCCAGGCAGAAGGAGAGCCAGGCCAAGCUGAGGGACCAGCCGAAGGAGGUGCUGACCACCUGGGCCAGACGCUCAGCCCCCACCAGCCUCUCAGUCUCAGCCAGCGCCUGCUGGGAGUAG